AACUCAAGCACAAGGUUCAAUCCUAGCUUAUACUAAGCAUUACCCUUAAUCAAAUUAGGGAAGGAAAAUUGAAAAUAUGGGCACAGAAGCCACCCCAAAGCUUCCAAUAAUUGACUUCAAUAACCUCAACUUGGAAGCCAAGAGUCCUAAUUGGGAGUUAGUGAAGUCCCAAGUCUAUAAGGCAUUAGUAGAGUAUGGUUGCUUUGAAGCAGUUUUUGAUAAAGUUCCUUUAGACCUUCGCAAAGCCAUAUUUGCUUCACUACAAGAGCUCUUUGAUCUCCCUUUAGAAACCAAGCUACUCAAUGUGUCUAAGAAGCCUUAUCAUGGUUAUGUUGGUCAAUAUCCUAUGAUUCCACUUUUUGAGAGCAUGGGCAUUGAUGAUGCAAAUAUCUUAGAGAAAGUAGACAGUAUGACCAACAACUUGUGGCCAGAUGGAAACCAAAAUUUUAGCAAAACUAUACAUUCCUUCUCUGAGGAGCUAACAGAGUUGGAUCAAAUUAUUAGGAAGAUGAUUUUGGAGAGUUUAGGUGUUGAAAAGUACUUGGAGGAACACAUGAACUCAACCAAUUAUCUUCUCAGAGUUAUGAAAUACAAAGGCCCUCAAACAAGUGACACAAAAUUAGGCCUCAGCACACACAGUGACAAGAAUGUUGUGACCAUAUUGUACCAAAAUCAAGUGGAGGGUUUAGAGGUGAUGACCAAAGAUGGACAAUGGAUAAGCUACAAGCCUUCUUCUUCAGGCAGUUUUGUAGCUAUGAUUGGUGACUCUAUUCAUGCAUGGUCAAACGGGAGGCUGCAUUCGCCGUUUCAUCGGGUGAUGAUGAGUGGGAACGAGGCACGAUAUUCAACCGGGCUGUUCUCUAUCCCGAAAGGAGGGUACAUUAUAAAAGCUCCGGAGGAGCUUGUGGAUGAGGAACACCCUUUGCUCUUUAGGCCUUAUGAUCAUGUUGAAUUCCUCAAGUAUUAUUACACUGAAAAAGGCCAAAGGGACCAAUUUGCUAUGCGCACUUAUUGUGGCGUUUGAGCUAGCUUAUGGAAUAAUAUUAUUAAGAGGGUGGACCAUAAAUAUAUAUGUUGUGUGUUCAAGUGUUCUCCAAACAUUUUAACUUGAGCUAUAUGUUGUUUGCAUUCAUUAGCUUUGUAUGAAGUAUUGUAUUGUGUGAUCAAAUAUAAAAUUACUAUGCUUUGUGUUCA